CCGCUUUACGGCAAACAGCUGAUCGGAAGUGGAGAAGAGGCUGCAAGUGCGCAUCGGAAAAUUGUAAACGGGCAGCGGUCGCUAUCGAUUAUUGGUCAAUAUCACACUGAUCAGACGUGAAAGGAAAUGAGUCGAGCGGAAGUGAAGAUUGACUUCCGGCCCGGCAGCGUCCAACUGCUCCAGGAGCAGGGGGCCGUGCCCGCUCCGAGGGUCCUGGUGACCGGGGCGACCGGGCUUCUAGGACGGGCCGUCUACCGGGAGUUCCAGACCCACGACUGCUUCGUUAUUGGAACGGCCUACAGGAGGGCUAGACCCAGACUCCUGCGGUGUGACCUCACAGACGAGGACGCCGUCCGGGGACUCCUCGACCAUUGCAAGCCCGACGCCAUCGUCCACUGUGCGGCGGAGCGUCGUCCCGAUGUGGUGGAGCGACACAUGGAGGCGGCCGUCAACCUGAACGUGCACGCCACGAGCGUGCUGGCCAGAGAAGCGGCGGCGUUGGGAGCGUUCUUCCUGUACAUCAGCACCGACUACGUGUUCGAUGGAAGGAACCCCCCCUACGGAGAGGACGACGUCCCCAACCCGCUCAACUUGUACGGGCGCAGCAAACUGGAAGGGGAGAGAGAGGCGCUCAGACGCUGUCCAGGUGCGGCCGUGCUGCGGGUGCCUGUGCUCUUCGGGGACGUGGAAACGCUGACAGAGAGCGCCGUCACGUCGCUUUGGCUAAAAGUCCAGGAGGUGGCGACGGAGAGCUGCACGCUGGAUCAUUCCCAGCAGAGGUUCCCCACGCACGUCCGAGAUGUCGCCGUCGUCUGCAGAAAAGUUUGCGAGAGAGCGAGACAGGACGCCUCUGUCAGGGGAAUCUUUCAUUUUUCCGCCAAGGAGCAGAUGACCAAAUACGAGAUGGCGGUGGCCAUGGCGAGGGCCUUCAAUCUGCCGUCCAGCCAUCUCAUUCCCCUGACGGAGCAGCCGGCGGCGGCGGCGGCCCUCCGUCCCGUCAACAGUCGCUUGGAAUGUUCUCGUCUGGAGCUGAUGAACCUCAGUGUGGAACCACGACCUUUCACCUCCGCCAUCACUGACUGCCUGUGGCCCUUCACCCCGGACAAGCGCUGGAGGCAGACUGUGUUCCACUGACACGCACACACACACGCACACACACACACACACACACACACACACACGCCCUACCUGUGCUGAGAGGAGAGUUAGUUAUGAGGAUAAAUGUUCCAAUGCUAAUCUUAUGAAGAAGAAAAGCGAUCAGUAAGAAAUGAUUGACAAUAAAAGUACUUAUUUAUUGCAAGUAAAUACACAUUCCAUACACAAUGAAAGUACUUAUUUAUUGCAAGUAAAAUACACAUUCCAUACACAACGAAAGUACUUAUUUAUUGCAAGUAAAUACACAUUCCAUACACAAUAAAAGUACUUAUUUAUUGCAAGUAAAAUACACAUUCCAUACACAAUGAAAGUACUUAUUUAUUGCAAGUAAAAUACACAUUCCAUACACAACGAAAGUACUUAUUUAUUGCAAGUAAAUACACAUUCCAUACACAAUGAAAGUACUUAUUUAUUGCAAGUAAAUACACAUUCCAUACACAAUGAAAGUACUUAUUUAUUGCAAGUAAAAUACACAUUCCAUACACAAUGAAAGUACUUAUUUAUUGCAAGUAAAUACACAUUCCAUACACAAUGAAAGUACUUAUUUAUUGCAAGUAAAUACACAAUAAAAGUACUUAUUUAUUGCAAGUAAAUACACAUUCCAUACACAAUGAAAGUACUUAUUUAUUGCAAGUAAAAUACACAUUCCAUACACAAUGAAAGUACUUAUUUAUUGCAAGUAAAAUACACAUUCCAUACACAACGAAAGUACUUAUUUAUUGCAAGUAAAUACACAUUCCAUACACAAUAAAAGUACUUAUUUAUUGCAAGUAAAUACACAUUCCAUCCAGUCAAAGGAUCCCUCAAGGAGAUCCUGAACCUGGAAGUACCACCACUACCAUGUUCUUCCUCAUCCCAUAGGAGUGCACUUCAGGUACCACUCAUGUGUCCGCUACGUUUGAAGACGUCGUCCAAGCAGACAUAAGUGGGGGCAGAAGA